GGGCAGGCGGAGCCGGGGCGGAGCCGGAGGUGCCGCGGCCGGGCCCGCCCGCUGAGUGAGGGUCUGCGGGCAUCUGAGUUUAGCUUGAAGGUCGGAUCGGUCACCAGCCCCGGGGGGAGAUGGAUUCCCUGGGGCCGGCGGAGAGCGCGAAACUGUUGCUGGGGCCGGGGCCCUUAGCCGGCGUGUCCGGAUGCCUCCAGAGGGAAUCCAGCACCCCCAGCAUGAAGCGCUGGCAGGGCCGCCUGGCGCUGGUCACCGGCGCCUCCUGCGGCAUCGGAGCGGCCGUGGCCCGGGCCCUGGUGCAGCACGGACUGAAGGUGGUGGGAUGCGCCCGCACCGUGAGCAACAUCGAGAAACUGGCCGCUGAAUGCAAGAGUGCUGGCUACCCAGGGACUCUGGUUCCCUACAAAUGUGACCUGUCCCAUGAGGAAGACAUUCUGUCCAUGUUCUCGGCUGUGCGAGCUCAAUACAAAGGUGUGGACAUCUGCAUCAACAAUGCUGGCCUGGCCCGGCCUGAGCCCCUGCUCAGUGGCCACACCAGUGGUUGGAAAGAUAUGCUGAAUGUGAAUGUGUUGGCUGUCAGUAUCUGUACCCGGGAGGCAUAUCAAUCCAUGAAGGAGAGGAGCGUGGAUGAUGGACACAUUAUCAACAUCAACAGCAUGUCGGGUCACCGGGUGAUAGCCCAGUCUGAUGUGCAUUUCUACAGUGCCACCAAGUUUGCCAUUACGGCACUGACCGAGGGACUGCGGCAGGAGCUUCGAGAGGCCAAUACCCACAUCCGAGCUACAUGCAUCUCCCCUGGGGUGGUGGAGACAGGAUUCGCCUUCAAACUUCAUGACAACGAUCCUGGGAAGGCGGCUGAGACCUACGAGCACAUGAAGUGUCUCAAACCUGAGGAUGUAGCUGAAGCUGUCAUCUUUGUCCUCAGUACCCCACCACAUGUCCAGAUUGGAGACAUCCAGAUAAUGCCAACGGAACAGGUGACAUAGCAUCUGGUUGGGAGCCGAGCCUGGGGAAUGGACCCCUACUGCCUGGCUCCUAAUUCUGCAUUGUAUGUGUAAAUUUUUGACCCCUGGACUCAACCUCCUUCUGCUCCCAGGACUAAAAAUAUUAUUUUUGUAAUCUCAAAUUGUUUCAUAUGCAGAUGUGAUGCAAAGAUGAAAAUUGGGUGAUGGGUGGUAGGGUGGUUCGGGUCUAUUUUCCUUCUUAAUAUGUUACCCUUCACUCAUUGAUCAUUGAGCUUUGUCCUCUUUAUGUCCUUUCCUCCUUGGGAAGGAGGCCAAAAUUGGAAGCAGUACUUACUAAUGCUUCCCUGGGAUCUGGGAGCAGGCCCUCCCUUGUGACUUCAGGUUUCCUUUCUUUCCCUUUCCUCUAUUCCCUUUCUUCCUGCUAAUCUUGCAUCUUCCAUUUUCCCUGACCUUGGGCUUUGGAGGGAUUAUUCCAUGCUGGGCACAGCAGCAGGGUCCUGUCUCCCAAGAGAAUUUUCACUUCCAGAAUUAAAAGAGAAAAAAAAACCAACAAA